UGACUCGGGUAAAAGGGGAGUCUCUCCUGUGUGUGUAUGUAUGUGUAUGUGUAUGUGUAUGUGUGUUUAUAUCAACGCGUUCACGCGCAGCUGCUGCGCCUAUGCUAACGCUAGCUGCUCUGUAUAUGUUUCGUUUUCGCAUAAACCUCGACGCACAGCGACGCUAAACAACAACAGAAGGCUGUCGUGAUUAGCAAAGAAGGAAGUGCGACAAACGCUGUAGUGUGUGUGUGUGUGUGUGUGUGUGUGUGUGUGUGUUUUAAUCGGCGUCAUGGAGGAGCUGGCGGUGGAAGUGAGGGGCGCGAGCGGGGCUUUCUACAAGGCUUUCGUGAAGGACGUGCAUGAGAACACCGUCACUGUGACGUUUGAAAACAAUUGGCAGCCAGAGCGACAGAUCCCUUUUCAUGAUGUGCGGUUCCCUCCUCCUGCUGGGGUUCAGAAAGAGAUCACUGAGAGUGAUGAGGUUGAGGUGUACUCCAGGGCUAAUGACAAGGAACCAUGUGGGUGGUGGCAAGCCAAAGUGCGCAUGGUAAAAGGGGAGUUUUAUGUCAUCGAGUACGCCGCCUGCGAUGCCACGCUCAACGAGAUCGUCACGUUAGAGAGGCUGCGGCCUGUGAACCCGAACAAAGCCACCGCGAAGAACCCCUUCCUGAAAAUCCGACUGGACGUUCCAGAAGACCUGCGACAGAUCUGCGCAAAAGACUCCGCUCACAAAGAUUUCAAAAAAGCCGUCGGAGCGUUUAACGUCACGUAUGACUCUGAUAAGAAGCAGCUGGUCAUUCUGUCAGUCAACGAGGUGACUACUAAACGGGCGACCAUGUUGACAGACAUGCACUUCAGGAGCCUGCGCACCAAAAUGUCCCUCAUUCUACGGAACGAAGAGGCCAGUAGGCAGCUGGAGAGCUCUCGUCAGUUAGCGUCACGGUUCCACGAGCAGUUCGUGGUGCGCGACGAUCUGAUGGGUUUGGCCAUCGGCACACACGGAGCCAACAUCCAACAGGCCCGCAAAGUUCCCGGAGUCACUAACAUCGACCUAGACGAGGAGACGUGCACCUUUCACAUAUAUGGAGAGGACCAGGAGGCUGUGCGCAAAGCCAGGAGCUAUCUGGAGUUUUCCGAAGAUGUUAUCAGGGUACCCAGGAAUUUAGUAGGAAAAGUCAUUGGGAAGAGCGGGAAGCUGAUUCAGGAGGUCGUGGACAAAUCCGGAGUCGUCCGAGUGAGAGUGGAACCAGAAAACGAGAAGAAAUCAUCUCCGUUGGAGGAGGGCAUGGUGCCGUUCGUGUUUGUCGGGACAAAAGAAAGCAUCUCAAACGCACGCCUACUGCUCGACUACCAUCUCAAUUAUCUCAAGGAGGUGGAUCAGUUGCGAAUGGAGAGGCUGCAGAUUGAUGAGCAGCUACGACAGAUCGGCGGAGGCCCCAGAGCUCCAUCAGGCCGACCGGAGAAGGAAAAACCAUUCAGCUCUGAUAACGGCAUGGGGCAUUCCCGAGGGGGCAAGCCGUUCGGCCGUGGGGGGCGAGGAAGACGAGGGCCUACGUUUGCGUCAGGCACCAAUUCUGAAGCAUCGAACGCAUCCGAGACUGAAUCAGACCACAGAGAUGAGCUGAGUGACUGGUCUCUGGCUCCCACCGAUGAAGAGUCUAUGGGUUACCCCAAACGAGUCCCGGACGGACGAAAGAGGGGCAGCGGUGGCGGCCGGGGACGAGGGGGACGAGGAAGAGGAGGAGGUUACAAAGGUGAGGACGUACACUGGAGUGAGUCACGCCCCCGGAACUCCAGAGAUUCCAAGCCAAGGCUGCAGGAGGAUUCACUACAGAUUCGUGUCGACAGCAAUAACGAGAGGAGUGUCCACACCAGCCGAGGCCCUCAGGGGCCCAUCAGCGACUCCGGCGGCCCCCGACAGAGGAGCGUCAAGGAGCGAGGGAUAAAGAAAGACAAGCCGGAAGGGCCAGACAGCCAGGUCGUCAUGAACGGCGUGUCGUAAUUGAAACCCCCCC